CCUAGCUACCACACUUGAUCCUCCACACUGCGAGCUGAGUCAAGCUAGCAAUGGCGAGGGCAUCGUCGUCGUCGGUGUUUUGCAUGGGUGUGGUCGCCGCGGUGGCGGUGCUGAUGGUCCUGUGCGCUGCAGUGCCGGCCGCCGCUCAGGGGAAGACGGGGCCUCCCGCUCCUAAGCUAUCGUCCAACUUCAAGACGAUCCAUCCGGGGCGGUUAGGGAAGAGGGCCCAGGUGCUCACCUGCGACGACGAGAAGGACAAGAAGAACCCCUGCGUCGCCACCUGCGACAAGGUCCGCUGCCCCAACGAGUGCAUCGUCAUGUGCCCAGGCUGCAAGACCUACUGCAUGUGCGACUUCUACCCCGGCGUGUCCUGCGGGGACCCGCGCUUCACCGGCGCCGACGGCAACAACUUCUACUUCCACGGCAAGAAGGACCAGAGCUUCUGCGUCGUCUCCGAUGCCGAUCUCCACAUCAACGCCCACUUCAUCGGCAAGCGUAACCCCACCAUGAGCAGAGACUUCACCUGGAUCCAGGCCCUCGGCAUCCGUUUCGCCGACCACCGCCUUUACAUGGCCGCCCAGAAGACCAUCGAGUGGGACAGUGACGUCGACCGCCUUGAGCUGGCCUUUGACGGCAUGCCCAUCGACAUCCCCACCGAGAUGGAUGCAGAGUGGCAGUCCACCAUCGUGCCCACCUUGACUGUCACGAGGACCUCCGCGGCCAACGGCGUCAGGGUCCAGCUCAAGGGGGUGUUUGACAUCUUGGCCAAUGUGGUGCCCAUCACCGAGAAGGACUCCCGCAUCCACAACUACGGCGUCACGGAGGAAGACAGCCUCGCACACUUCGACAUUGGGUUCAGGUUCCACGCCCUCACUGACGACGUCCAUGGCGUGCUCGGCCAGACAUACCGCACAGACUACGUCAACAAGCUCAGCGUGAGCGCCAACAUGCCGAUCAUGGGUGGCGCUGCCAGCUACGUCUCCUCCGACAUCUUCUCCACCGACUGCAAGGUUGCCAGGUUCGGCCGUGGCCACAACAAGAUCUCCAUGGUAACCACCGAGGCCAAUUAAACACUGCACAUGGACGGCUAGGUCUCACGACAUCUGAGACUUGGCCCAGGAAUAAGAAAAGCGGAUUUAUGAGAUAUUGAUGCCACGAAAGACACACAUGAUCAUGUCAUUCGGAUACGCACACAAACAUGAUUGUGCAAUUGUAACUGCAAAUGAUGAAAUGAAAUAAAUUUAUUACCGAAA